AUGGGUAUGGCGGGCGGGGCGGGGGGCGCAGAUGCGAAGAUCCGCAUUUACGAUGUGGGCAUGAAGAAGCGGGGCGUCGACGAGUUCCCCUUCUGCAUCCACCUCUUCAGGUGCGACCGCCUCGUCAGGUGCGACCGCCUCGUCAGGUGCGACCGCCUCGUCAGGUGCGACCGCCUCGUCAGCGUGCUCACGCAGCCUUGUGUGCUCCGCCCUGCAUUCUCUCCCGUUCCCCAUCACUUCACCCCAUUCCCUCUCACUCGCCGGAUUUCUGUCCAUUCGCUGUCCCUCCGCUCCGCGCUCCCCCCUUUCCGCUCUCUUUUCUCCCCUCGGCGCCCUCCCGCCGUCCUGCGAGCGUACAGUUGGGAGAAGGAGAACGUGUCAAGCGAGGCGUUGGAGGCGGCGCGGAUGGCGUGCAACAAGCACAUGACCAAGUACGCGGGCGGGCAAGGACGCCUUCCACCUGCGCAUCCGCGUGCACGCCUUCCACGCUGCAGGGCGUUUGGAAAGCCACAGGGCGUGUGUGCGCGCGUGGCCAUCGGGCAGGUGCUGCUGUCGGUGCGCUGCAAGGAGGCCAAUGCCGCUGUCGCCGCCGAGGCUCUGCGCCGCACCAAGUUCAAGUUCCCCGGGCACCAGAAGGUCAUUGCCAGCCGCAAGUGGGGCUUUACGAAGAUCGCUCGCGCUGACUUUGUGAAGUGGAAGCAGGAGAACAGGCUGGUGCACGAUGGAGUCAACGCCAAG